UCUACAACGCUGUAUCAUGCAAAGUGUUAUGUUCCUGGCUUUCCAACCCAACUGCGGUUCCAUGGAGAAAAGUGCCUGCGGCUACCCGAAGGACGAAGAGAAGCGAGAAAAGAUGAAGCGAACAAUCAUAAAAGACUGGAAGACGAGAUUAAGCUACUUCCUGCAAAAUUCAUCCACACCUGGGAAGCCAAAAGCCAACAAGAAAGGCAAACAGCAAGCUUUUAUUAAACCUUCUCCAGAAGAAGCACAGCUGUGGUCAGAAACAUUUGAUGAGCUCCUAGCCAAUAAAUACGGUCUUGCUGCAUUUCGAGCUUUUUUAAAGUCUGAGUUUUGUGAAGAAAACAUAGAAUUCUGGCUGGCCUGUGAAGAUUUCAAGAAAACCAAAUCUCCUCAGAAGUUGACCUCAAAGGCCCGGAAAAUUUAUACUGACUUCAUAGAAAAGGAGGCUCCAAAAGAGAUAAAUAUAGACUUUCAGACUAAAACCAUGAUUGCCCAGAAUAUUGAAGAAGCUACAACUGGCUGCUUCAUUACAGCCCAGAAAAGAGUCUACAGUUUGAUGGAGAACAAUUCCUAUCCCCGGUUUUUGGAGUCUGAAUUUUAUCAGGACUUGUGUAAAAAGCCACAGAUUACUAGAGAGCCCCAGGCUACAUGAAUGAGCAUGAAAAAUGAAGUAGAACAAGGGAAAGAACCCUGGACUUUAUCUUGCUAAGGAGGAAGGCCUGUGGCCCAUGAAACCUAAUAAAAACUGAAGGUCUAAAAGACAAGCAUCAAAUUCAGCCUGGGCAUUCAGGAAACAUCACACAGAAAUAUUGUCUCUGCAGUAAUGGCAAAGGAGAUGUUUCUGAUUGUCUUGCAAGUGUUAUGUACAGAAGACAAUGAAUCCAGUUUCUAAGUACUGUGUAUUUUUAAUUCACACUGGAGAAGUUGAUAUUCCAGAGCAGAUGUAAGACUAUUCCUCUGAAAGAGUUUUGGUUUUUUAAAAUUCAGAUAGACCUGGGGGAGAUUAUUUAUAGCCCUGAUUAAAUGGCUAUGCAUCUCUUCCUAAACUAGUCCAUGUUACCACUUAGUAAGUGAUUGAAAGGUUUACUAUAGAGGUGUGCAAGUCCAUGUGACCCAAUCAUUUGUAUUACUGUCCUUUGUCAUGGAGAGAAAGAAGUGGUCCAUGUACAUGUCAUAUGUUGCUGAUGAAGGUUGUGUAGAACACUACCAUGUUCAUGAAUUGUCUUGAAGGCAGCUAAACUUCAAUGAAGUGGUCUUUGAAUACUUGUUUGUAAUAAAUUUAUUUUGCUAUUUA